AUGAGUUCUCGCCCAGUUCGCAUUGCAGGUGCUUCGGGCUCUGCGUCCGACCGUCGACAUGCCAUCACCGAGUUCGCUCGUAACUACCCUCGAGACCCCGUCGACGUCAUCAUCGCCGACUUCAUGAGCGAGGCGAACAUGGUCACGGGGGCAGCACGGCGGAUAGAUCAAGAUAAAGCCCGGGAGGUAGCUGGUAAUAACGCCUCGGCGGUGCCAACAACUGCACCGGGAUAUGAGCUUGCAUUUCUUUUGGCUCUAGAGCCGGCCCUAGAUGAUUUGGCGAAAUAUGGCAUCAAAGUAGCGGUCAACGCGGGAAACGCAGACACGGAAGGGCUUUAUAAAGUGGUAACACAAAUGGUCAAGGCCAAGGGCUUGAAUCUAAAGGUGGCUUGGGUCUCUGGCGACGAGGUGCUCUCAACAGUGAAAACGGCUUUGUCCACUGGUAAAUCAACCUUCAAAAAUGUCUAUACAGGAGAGACCCUUUCCGGCUGGAAUUUCGAGCCAAUUUAUGCUCAGUGCUAUCUUGGAGGCCUGGGAAUUGCCGCAGCCUUGUCUCAAGGGGCGGAUAUUGUUCUGUGCGGACGAGUAUCAGAUGCAUCCCCUGUUAUUGGAGCUGCGUACUGGUAUCAUGGGUGGAACCGCAGCGAUCUCGACCAGUUGGCCAAUGCAUUUGUUGCUGGACAUCUUAUCGAAUGUAGCAACUAUGUAUGUGGAGGCAAUUUCACCGGUUUCAAGACGCUGGAGAAAGUCGGUAGUGAUGGCUGGCGUAAUCUCGGUUAUCCUAUUGCUGAAAUUGCCACAGACGGGAAAGUGGUUAUCACAAUGCAAUCUUCUGCUCCCGGUGGCGCUGUUACUGUCGACACCUGUUCCUCCCAGCUCUUAUACGAAAUCCAGGGCCCUUGGUACUUCAACUCAGACGUUACUGCCGUACUAGCGGACAUCCACUUCGAACAAGUCGGUACUAAUCGCGUGGCUGUGCACGGCGUCCGAUCUGCACCACCUCCACCAACGACCAAAGUCGGUAUCACAGCCCGUGGCGGUUUCCAAGCAGAGGCUUCAUGGUUUCUGGUUGGGCUGGACAUCGACGCGAAAGCACGAAUGCUGGAGGACCAGAUUCGCCACCUUCUCGCCCCAUAUUCGUCCAACUACACAGCCCUCGAAUUCUUUACAUUAGGUUCAGCACCAGACGACCCUCGAGACCAAAACAGCGCCACCGUCACCUUUCGAAUUGUUGCCCAAGCUCGUAAAGCAGACGAUAUAGCCCCAAGUAACUUUCUUCGCCAUAUCACCGACAAUAUCAUGCAAGGCUAUCCCGGCGCUACCUUCCACCUCGAUGCACGACAGGGAUUCCCAAAGCCCAUAUAUGAGUAUUAUGUUAGCCUUCUGCCCCAAGCAGAUGUGAAGCACCGUGUGCACCUCCCGUGGAAGAAUCAAGUGCUGGACAUCCCUCCACCGCCCACGACCCAAGAGUUCCCGCCUCGACAACCCUCACAGGCAAUUACCGAACCCCCUGCCAACCGCGACCUAGACUUCGGGCCUACAACUAGAGGCCCCCUAGGAUGGAUUGUCCAUGCUCGAUCGGGCGACAAGGGACCCGACGCAAACUGCGGGUUCUGGGUUCGCCACAACGAUGAAUACCUUUGGCUGCGCUCACUGCUCUCCAUUCCAAAGGCGCAGGAGCUUCUAGGAGAGGAAUACCGGUCGAACCCUCAGCUACAGAUCGAGCGAUUCGAGCUUCCAAACCUCCGUGGUGUACACUUUUUGUUCCGCAACCUCCUCGACCGGGGUGUUGGCGCGACAACUACAGUUGACUUCCUGGGAAAGAAUGUUGCCGAGUAUCUGCGAGCAAAAUGGGUGGAUCUACCAGUCAAGUUUUUGAACCGUGGCAAGUUGUAA